CAGCAGCAGCAACAGCAGCAGCAGCAGCAGCAAGCCCCUCGCGUUCAGGUGUCCCCGCCUCCCGAGAACCACGCCACUCCGUACCGCACCACGACCCCUCCCAAGCGUUACGAGUCGCCCUCUGAGGUUGCUCCCCUGCCUCCCCCGUCUGCGAACGCCUUCCGCCGUGGCCAUAAGAAGGUCAUGUCGCUCGCUCUGAAUGGUAACAACCAGGCCAGCCUUUCGCCUUCCCAGGAGCCUCCCAAGUCUGCAGGACCCAAGACGGCGUCUUUCCCGUUGACUCCUCUGUCUGGAGGCUACGGGCCCGGUCAGGGACGCGCCGGCGAGCACCCCAUUCGUCAGCCUCGCGGACCCCCUUCCAUUGAGGAGCUAAAGGCCAAGCCCAUCGCCAAGAUGGAGGGUAGCAAGAACUUUGCCACCCGCGCCCGCCGAUCUGCAGUUCACAACCUUGUCCGUGCUGGACGUGAACGUAGAAAGGGUCCAGGCAGCUCCAACGGCAGCAUGAGCCCGGUCUCAGAGAGUGCCGAGGAAGAGUCUGGCACCCCUAUCACCGACAAUGAGUCAGACUCUGGACGCAGUGGAUCCGGCAGUCUUGCCGGCGAUAUUGACUGCUCCCUGCCCAGCUCAAGAACCUCGACCAACGGCAGCUGGGGAGCUAUUGGCUCCGACCGCCCAAGCUCCCGCCAAAGAACUCGCAAGAGCGUCGACAGCAUUGGCAGCAACGAGAGCGGUGAGAACAGCUUCGCCAGCGUCUUCAAGAACUCGGCCCAACGCGCCGGUGUCGAAGUAGCGGACGGACAGCGCAAGGCGCCCAUGCUGGUUCUGACCAGCGCCGAGAAGCGCAAGAGCGGCAUUCUCGCAUAG